AUGUUUUGGUAUACUUUAAAUGUUUUUUAUUGGAUUGUAGUGAUAUCUACAGCGUUAAGUAGCUGUCACCAGCAAGAUCCAGAACCUAAUACCUUUAGAAUUAUUAGUAACUGUCCUAAAACGUUUACAUUUAGGGAAUUAAGAACAUAUAUUAGAGAGGCAUCUCACGAAGCAUUUAAAAACUUUGUAGAGAAAUUUGGCAAAAAUGAAGAGUCAGCACUGUACUGUUUCAAAUCAGUUAACAUCAACGAUAAUCCUUCUGAGAUGGAACUUAUUAUUCCUGAUUUUGAGAUUAUAGAUGAUGUACAAACCCGUAAAUUCAUUCAAUUUCUAUCAUAUGGAUACUUUUUUGAUUGUUCAGAUAUUUCAAUAUGCACAAACUUCUUAUUUUGGUUAGUGCGACACCUAAGAUUAAUAUACUUGACUCCAGAAGCUUCUAGAUCGAUUUGUAUAAAAAUUUUUUUAAAGGGGAUUAGAGACUAUGGAGAUAAUUAUUUUAAAAUCUUGAUAAGAGAAAAUGUUAUUAAGAAACAACUCAAUGACCACUACCCAACAAUAGAAGAUAUUAACCAUGCCAUUAAAACUAUAACAGAAAUUAAGGAGUUCCGAUAUUUACAAGAUCCUAUUGACUUACCUGAUAUUACAGCUAAUCUAAAUUCUAUAGAGAAUUUGAAACUAAAGCAUAGGAUAACUAUGUUACAACGUGGAACUUAUAUGCCAAGUAUAAUAUCUAAUAAUUCUAUCUCAUCGACAAGAUAUUUGAUUAGAGCGACUAGAUAUAUUUUAGAUAGAUAUAUUCCUCCAAAUAGAGCCUAUGAAAUUUGGAAACAUAGCUAUAAUGCUCUGACAGGAAAAAGAAUUCCAAAUUAUGAAACAUUUAUGAAUAAAUUAAUAUUGAAAAAAUCACCAUUUGACUCUUGGCCUCAUGAAAGAGAUGUACUGGAAUCUAUUCAUACAAUACUUAAAGAAGACGGUAUUAUAAUCAAAGAAUUAAAUAUUCAUGCGAAUUGGUACAAAAAAUUAAAAAAAGAAGGAUAUAUGUUGACGGUACCAAAGAAUGUGAAAACUGCAAGAUGGUUUUGUCGGUUUUUCCAGCACCAUCUUCACAUAUUCAUAACUCCAUCUAUGCAGGUCUCAUAUUGGAAGAAAAUUCUAGAAAAUCUUUUGGAAGAUCCCAAGGCUUUACAUUCUGAUGAUCCUUGCUUUGAAGUUGAAGAUCCAAAAUUUCCAUGGCCCACCUGUCAUCAUUUGCCUCGCAAUCAUCCAGAUUAUAUUCCAACAUCACACGACAGAGUUGUUGAUAAUUUAUCUUACCACUUUUCCAGACUUAUACAUAAUUUUGUUCCACAAUAUCCAUUUAGUGAUAUGUGUGUUGUAACUAAGCAACUUAUAAAUUUAAAUUCAUAUAUACUAUAUCCUAUCUUUUCAGAAGCCAAUUUAAAAAGUACUAGAAAGGAGCGUAAAAUCAGAAGAUUCAAUUAUUUAUACAGUAUGAGGAGAUUUAAAUCCAAUCCAAUUGACAUUCCAUUACAAGAAGUUCUAUUUUUUUUCCCCGAUAACAUCAAGUAUCAGAGACAUAUUACAAAAGAGGAUGUAAAGAAUGCAUUGAAAAAGUUUACUGAUGAAGAUAUUGAUAAAAUGUUUAGGCUAAGAACUUUUCUCUCAGAUUGUUCCAAAAUCUACAGUUCUUUACCCUCUCGUGAUCAAUGGAAGGACAAACAAAUUUAUGAAUUUCCUCCAAAAAUUAGACAGGCUAUAGGAGCAACUUGUAGAGAUUUAUUUUUAGCUAGACCGAAGUGUAGCUUAAAUGUAAUCCCUUCUUCACAUCCUGCACGUGAUCCAAGUGAUUAUCUAGCUGGUGAAUUGGCUUUGCGGAUAUUUUCAUAUAUUAGAUCAAUAGGUAUUCUUAAUGUAAUACCUGAGAUGUUCUGUAGAUCUGCCAUAAUGGUCCUGAGUCCAAUAUUAGGGAUUCCGGUUAAAACUCCAGAACAAGUUAAAAGAGAAGAAUUGAGGAGAUUAUAUAAAGAUUUGGAUAUUUCUGAGGCUCUUAACAAAUUAUCAACUUAUCGAGAAUUAGGAAAUAAUACAAAUAACAAAAAAAAUGAAAAUAAAGAGAAACUUAUCAAAAGAAAAAAACUAGAGAAUGCUCUUAAACUCAGGUGGUAUGAAAAAGGUAUAUUCUCAAGAAAUAAUCAAUUGGUUGACUUGUCUAAGCUGCCAAAUGGAUCAAGUCGAUCUAUCAAAGAGUUAGAGGAAUAUGCAAGAUUAGGGAGAAAACUUAUAGCAUAUACUUCUCUUAAGAAUUUGCCAACUAAAAAGUUUAAGAAAUGGUGCUUGGAAGGCUUAAAAAAUUUAUUCCUCGAAAUAGAUGGAAUAUGGAAUUUCAUUUUAGCACAAAAUAACGACGUCAAGAAAUCAGUUCCAUCUCAGAAUAUUAAAAUAUAUACUAAAAGAUUGUGUAAAGAACUUACGGAAUGGCAAAUAUCCAUGUCAAAAAAGUCCAGAAAUUUUCUGCAAAGGAUGUGGCUAACAAUUAAUCGUUUUCAAAGCUAUGAUUUCCAGAAGAAAACUAGUAAGAAAGUAAUAAGUGAAGAAUAUUGGAGAAAACAGUCAUUAAAUCCAGAAGUCUACAAAUUCUAUGAAUUUUUACACCAUAAUUUAAAAGAAAAAUACCCUCAUUUAAGCAUUAUGCUACCACAUAUAGAUCCAUUACCACAAGAAAUUAAAGACAUGAAUAAACUAGGAUAUAAUUGUCCUCCCCCAAUGAUGUAUGGAAGAGAUGCAUUACCUUCAGUACUUGAAUGUAUCCGGUAUUUAUAUAGAUAUGGUCUUUAUAUAUUAAAAGGUAUCAUCUUAGAUUUUGAAGAACUCUUUAUAUUGUAUAAAAAAGCUUUACUUGAAAGUGAAUAUAACAGUAAAGUUUACAUCCCACCUACUUACUUCUUAAGUUGGAAUUCCAUAUUAUACUUGAUUCAUGAAAAUGAUUUUUCGUUUUAUCAAUAUCAAACAUUAUGCUCGCUACGUCCUCCAAGCGGAAAACAUGAAAAUUGGUACACUUUCUUCGAAAUAGUUGAAGUUAUUGCAAGAAACUUUGCAAAUCAAUUGCACGGAUCCAAUAUUGUAUUACCAGGUACAACUGAUCCUUUCUUAAAUCCUCCCAGAACAGGUAUUGAUAGUAUCUGCCAAUUAGUAGAAAAAAUUUUAAGAAGAAAAGUAUAUAAGCAAGAAUAUAUAAUAGAAGAUUAUCAAGGAAAAGUGAUGAGCCAAGAAUAUAGAAGAAAAAUACAAGGACAACUUCAAGAACUAUUUAUGAUUAACAAUGCUUUGGAAAAUAAGCAAAAGUCUCAAUUUAAAGUGACUGAAGAUUUGGCUAUUUCAACUUAUACAAUUUCAUUCGUUCAGUCAUGUAUUAAUGUACUAAUGAACGAAUUUGGAGGAUUACAUUAUGUAACUGCUGCUAUUCUAUGCCGUAAAUCACCAAUAUGGAAAUCUUGUGAUGAUAUUAACACUGUAGAUAAUUAUGUUACAAAUAUACAAUUAAAUAAACCAAUUGAAGAUGAAGUUUUGCAACGCUUAUUUAAAGGGAUAUAUAUCGAUAUCAUUGCUUUUGAGCUUUUGGAAAUAGUAGUUUCAUACUUUUGGAUUGAAAGGGGACUAAAAUUAGGCAAUGAAUUACCUUUAAGCUAUCUUGAUUUCUGUGGAACUGCCUUAAAAAUUCAUAAGAAACUUAAAGAUAAACAAUUUAAAGAUUUUAAUAGUGCUUGUAUGCAUACACUCCAAGGAGAAGUUUUGUUUAGAAAAGAGAUUAAUGGAAAACUCCACAUUAUUAAUGAUAAAGUUGCAACAGAUAUAUGCUCACGAUCAUACUGGGGCCAAUCUUGUGGUCAUCCUGUUUUACAAAAGGCAGCUCAAACUAUACAACAUUACUCUCUUCAAUUGCUUGGAACUGAUUCUCCAAUAAUUUCUCUACUUCCAUUUUGUAUUAUGACAUACCAAAUGGCAUUUAGUAAAGAGCCUUUUUCAUUAUGCACUAAAUCUUUGAAAAUGGAGGGAAUUGUACAUAAUAUUGGUAAGAGAAUUAGAAUAGAUAAAAAGGAAGCUGAUGAAGCACAAAAAUCUGUCCAAAAAUUUUGGGAUAUAUCUGCAAUUAUCCCUGAAGUAAGUUAUACUCCAAUGAAUGAUCCAUAUGGGUUUUUAGGACAUAUAAUUAGAACACAUACAUUGAACAAUGUUUAUCUAGAAGAUUUAAAAUCAAUAUGCAUCAAGAGUGGUCUAGUGACGUAUAACUGUAUGGAAAAUUCAAAAUUUGCAGAGGAAAACCCCCACUUGUUGAAUGAUGAAGCUGAAACCAAGAAGUUGAAUAAUGAAGCUUUUAAAAUGUUUUCGACACAGAUCAUGGAUAUUUUACCAAGAACCAUCAAUGAGCUUCCAAUUCGCAUUGGAACUUUCAAUGAUAUAUGUAAAAUUGCAAAUUCAACAUAUAAUGUUAAUUCUAUAUCGUUUAAUGUAGCUUGCGUUAAUUCUUUAGGGUGGCAAUACAUCUGGAAUUCCCAAAGAUAUCAAUGGCAAAGAGUCCCUUGGGAAAUGGCUAUCUUGUACUGCAGUACUACUCCUCGUUGGCUAUCAUGCGAGUCAUGGGCAAAUAGACAUCAGCGAGUAUUUCAGAACCUACCUGAAUUUGAAUUUGCAAGAAAAUAUCUUAAUGGAACUCCAUUACAAAGAGCCGGAAUUGAUUUCCUUACUAUGUUUUUUGUUAAUACUAUUACUAUGUAUCUUGAAAUAGCUUAUCCAACAAAAUUAAAGGAGGAUUCUCCAGAAUAUAAGUACACUGAAAAAUUUAAUGCUGAUCCAAGCUUACUUUGUCCUGCAUCAAUUGAAUUGCUUAUGUCUUACGAAAAUUUUGAAAUAUAUAAAUUACCAUGGGAGUUAAGAUCUCUUUUAUUAGAAAAUCAAAGUACAUAUCAGAUAGUUAGAGAGAAAAAAUCUAUUGAUGGUAUCCCAUAUUUAUUUUUCAACUAUGAUUGUCCGGAAAUAUUACAGAAACGGAUUGGACACCUUUUUGAGAGUACAGAAGAACAAAUUAAGAAUAUGUUACAAAGAAUAGAAAAAUAUAAUACUGUACCUAGUAGUAAAACUAUGUUUCUGGGAGUUCCUAAAGCAUGGAAAUCGGAAUUCACAAGAUAUGAAUUUGGUGUAAGGGUAUGUAGAAGGCAUUAUGCAUGGAAACAGUGCAAAAUUCAACAAAUUAGGGGUAAUGAGUUAUUGAAUCCGCAGACAUUAAAUCUUAUUGAAAUUACUGCUUCUGCAAUGUAUUUCAAGGUAAUAACUGAAGAAAUAAUACUUCAAGGGAAUGUAAGAGAUACUCAAGGUUUUAUUAGACCCUCGGAUAUAGAGUUUAAAUCAUUCUGUAACCUUGCAGCAAUUCUAUUUGGAGAAAAAGCUAUGUUAUUAACUAAGGAUAGAACACUUGAAAUAAUAAGUGAACAUAUUCCUAGUUAUUUAAAAUUUUAUUUAACUGAAAUAUAUAUAGCUUUUUUAAGAACUUAUCAACAAUUUUCCAGAGGUAUUGCAGAUUCAGAUACUUUAAAUGAAUCAAAAACUAAAUUUAAUAGUGAAUUUUCUUUUACUUAA